AUGUACCUUAGAAAUGUAACUCGUUAAGAAAUGUAAGGGCAGAUAGAUGCACUUAAAUUGUAAAUUGAACAAGCUAGAUAAAACCAUGAACGAACUAUAAAAUAAAUUCGUUCUGACAAUUAGAAAGAGGUAAGGAUGCUCACAUUUGAUAGAUUAAAGCUCUUUAAGAUGAAAUCAAAAGGACCUAGGAAAUUGUGGCUAAUGUGUAGUUUUAAUAGUACUUUAAGAUGAAGAAUGACAAUUUAAAGUUAACAUAAGAGAAUACAAUGUUAAGAGAUAUGCUAAAGGCUUGUCAAAUUACAAAUUCUACCAAAUAAAUGGAAAUAUCAAGAAUUCGUUAGCAUUUGCGUAGAAUAGAAGGGUAAUCAUUAGAAAUUCGCAAAGAGCCUAGCAAUUAAGUAUGCAAAUAAAACAAUAUAAUAAAGUCAAAAUAGAAUGAAUAUUCAAUUUAACGUAAAUACUCAAAUUACAAACAUCCAACUUAACCAUCAUUAAAUGAAUCAAAUACAGAACCAUCACCUAAAUUAUAGCCUAUCAAAUUCAAAGUUAAUUAAUGA